AAAUGGCCAGCCAAAGAGGCACUGUAUUUUUUCCAACAGUUUGGCUUGUAGAUUAUACUAUGAUGAAAUAUUGAACUCAGCGAACUUGUCUUAAAUGUGUCAAAUGUUGCUUAUCUGUUAUCAUGGUUAUCUGUUAGAAUUUAAUAUAAGCGAUCUAUAUCUAUAGACAAUAUGGGAUUCAUUUACGCUGUUCUUUUUGCUGGAUUGUAUAUAACAGUAACAGAAGGCUGCAUUGAUGGCUGGGUUCAACAUAAUGACAUGUGUUACUUUUUGAGUCACGACAAAGCGACAUGGUAUGAGGCAUUGGCUGUAUGCUCGUCUGUGUUUGGGACAUUAGCAGAACCGUCGUCGGCGGACUUGCAAAAUUUCUUAGUCAGUCAAAAUCCAAGGAAUACGUCAUUGCCACGACAACAUUUCCAAUAUUGGAUCGGAAUAUCUGAUGUGUUUAAGGAAUCACGUUGGAUGUUCAUUUCAACUCAACAAAGUGUGUCUACAACAUUCUGGUACCCCGGAGAACCAAAUAACAAUAUUCCAUCCAGUUUAGAUAACACAGACGAAGAUUGUGUUCUGUUCAACUGGGAUGGAAAAGGUUCAUGGAACGACUUCUCGUGUACAUCACGUUACUUGUUUACCUGUCAGAAAGAGUAAGU